AUGCCGAGAGAGAAGAGAAACAGAGCCAGGAAGGCAGUGACGUCAGAGGAGGACAGACCUCUGUACCUGCAGCAGAGGGCUCAGGCUGAGGCCGAGCUGGCCCGCAAGAAAGAAGAGAUACUCACACACUUCCUCAGGGACAAGCUCCAGGACGAUGAGAAAAAUAGUGCUCUGAAUCUGCUGAAGCUGAAUGAUGGCUGGAGGUCCAUCCUGCGUCAGAAGAAAUCCACAGAAAUCCACAAGGAUCUGGAUGUUCUACAGCAGAACUUUGAGAGGCAAGUGGACCUACUGGACAGCAUUAUCAAGAACCUGGAGGUGAAUGUGUCUGAGGCUGAGAGCCAGUCGGCCCAGCUGCACCGCUCCCACCUGCAGAAGAUCCAGACACUGCUGGAGCUGCAGAGGAAACGAAUGGACUACCUGGAGCAGGGAUGGGAGAGUGCCAUGGAGACAAUCCAGGACCAGUACACAACACAGAGGAAGCGAAUUACAGCUGAAAUUCAGCAACAACAUCAGGACAUUGAUGACAAUUCUUUACUGAUUCAACACAACUAUGAUGAGAUGAUGAAUGAGAUCGCUGCCGUGUACAGACAGGCCAUGGACUUCUAUGAGAACCUGUUCUUGGACAAGGUAAGCAAAUUAGAGAAGAUCCCCGAGGAGAGGAGGAGGGAGCACCAGCAACUGAUGCAGCAGCACAGUGCCAGGUGCCAAGAGCUGGAGACUCUCAUCAAAGAAAACCAAGAGUCCACCGAGUCCAUUGAGCGGAGCAGUAGAGAAAUACAGCGUUUACAGAAAAAGUUACUUGAUUUGCAAACUUCGCUCCGCACCGGUGAUAACGGACUGUCCGAGGUUGAGCACCAGCUGAGUGUGACCACUGAGGGCAUCCAAACUCUCAGGGCACAGAUGGAGCAGGAACGCAGCAAAAGCAGAAAACGCCUCACUGUGCUCUCUGUGAGCAAUGACAAAGCAGCAAAGAAACUACUCAAUGUUGUCAACACGGGUGAGAGAGUAUUACGUCUAGCUAAACUGUGUAAGAAGCUGGAGGACAAACUGCUGAUCACAGAAGAGAUGAACACUCCACCUGAAAAUGAACUGGCAGAAGAGGGUGAAGAUCAAGAGUCCUGGGAGUACCCACAGCUAAAUUUAUUCAACGCCCGUCAGAAUUCAGCUCUCCUGCAGCGGGAGGUUCUGAGGAGGCGCAGGGAUGCCAUGCGGCGUGAAAACACCCAACUUCAACUCAAAAUUCAGCAGCUACAGGGGAAUCGGGAAACCCUGACGAUCAGUGGGCAAACCAUACCACGAGCUGACAACAAAAAAGUACACCUGAAUGCAUCAGGACAGGAUAAAACAAGCCCAAAUCCACCUCCGGGAUGUGCCCUGUCUCUCACUGGAACUCAAGUGCCUAUUGCAGCUGGACAAAAAAGGAUGCAGCACUAA